GACCCCGCGAGACUCGUACCUUUUUUUUGGUUUUCUGCCGACAUCGUCUAGAUGAGUCAACCAUAUGGGCACUAUGAAUACAACUAUCCGUCACCAAUAGCUACAGCACCACCGCACAGCAACCCCUAUCGCGAUAGCUUUGAAACCGAAAUCCCCUUAGGCACACCAGUCCAAAAUCGUGCGCCUCAACAGUUCUCUUCUCCGGUUCAUGAGGAAAGACAUCCCCAUUUCGCAGAUCGAUCACCCUCUGUCAUUCCAGCAUACCCGUAUACAGAUACAUCUGUCGCAUCAGCCUCAUCCCCUCCUUCCGUACCUUCACACAGCGCAGCGGGCUAUUAUUCGCCACGCUCAAAAAACGCAGACAUCAAUCAAUACAAUGAUAUGCCAUAUUCACCAGAUCGUCAUGACUAUGGUCCAAAGAUAGGAGAAGAUGAUGAUCGUCGCCGUGACAGUAUGAAUAUGGUUGGAACGACAGGUCUUCUGAAACCACUGGAUAGAAAUAUGCCAAAUCAAGGCUUCAUGAGACUAGAGUCCGCUGACCCACCAUACCACGCCGCCCCGCGAACUGGCCUAAUCGCAUGGAUAUGGGGUCCUACUCGUAUACCCAUAUUCAGCUGGCUUACUGCACUGGCCAUGGCAGCUGUACUGAUUUACGAAUUUGUCCAAAACAAAAAUUUGACAGGCUCAGUUAUCCAAACCCAAACAGCAACGCAAGCUUUCAAUCCAAUGAUCGGACCUUCGUCAACAGUUUUAAUCAACCUUGGUGCUCGCUUUGUCGGUUGCAUUCGGCCUAUACCGGAGUUUCCAGCUAGCGCGACAUUUACUACUUGCUUUGUCGAAGGAACAACAUGUACAUUGGAACAGAUUUGUGGAAUGGGAGGCUUUAAGGAUCCUAAUGUGCCAGAUCAGUCUUUCCGCUUUGUCACCCCAAUUUUCAUCCAUGCUGGUAUCAUCCAUUAUCUAAUGAACAUGCUCACGCAACUGAGAUUGGGAGCUCAGCUUGAGCAGGAAUUAGGGCCAAUUCGAUAUGCCAUUCUGUACAUGGCAGCUGGUAUUUGGGGAUUUGUAUUUGGCGCUUUAUUUGGCUCUCCAUCUAGACCUUCUAUGGGAUGCUCUGGUGCAUUGUUUGGCCUUAUUGGUUUCAUGUUUGUGGAUAUUCUGUUAAACUGGCGGGAUACUGUCAACCCAUGGAGAGAAAUGAUGAAAUUGGCAGUUACAACUUUGAUUUCGUUGGCUCUUGGGUUAUUGCCCGGUCUGGAUAACUUUGCCCAUCUAGGCGGUUUCAUCGUUGGCAUUGUGGCAGGAGUCAUGCUCAUACCUAACCGUAAGAGAGCCACUCGAAGGUUCAUCAUGUUUACAUGGGUCGCUCGAGUCAUUGCUCUUGUGCUUUUGAUCGUGCUUUUUGUAGUGACCGUCAAAGAAUUUUAUUCUGUUGCGGAUCCUAGUCAGAUCUGUCCCAACUGCAAAUAUUUGUCAUGUCUGCCGGUGAGCAACUGGUGCGAUUAAAAACCCUUGUUAAGAUAGAUGUAGCAUUAUUUGUCGAAAUAAACAGUACUGGAAGAAAUCUUUCAAAUGCUUGAGAUGC